AUGGCCUUCCACGCACAGCGUCAGCUCUUUGCUCGCUCUGAGCGAGUCAAGGGCAUCGACUUUCACCCGACAGAGCCAUGGAUCUUGACGACCCUCUACAGCGGCCACGUCUACAUCUGGUCCUACGAAACCCAGCAAGUCGUCAAGACAUUCGAGCUCACCGAUGUCCCUGUCCGUGCCGGUCGCUUUAUCGCGCGCAAGAACUGGAUUGUCUGCGGGUCGGAUGAUUUCCAAAUUCGGGUAUACAAUUACAACACGAGCGAGAAGAUCGCUUCGUUUGAGGCCCAUCCCGAUUACAUCCGCGCGAUCGUGGUCCACCCGACACAACCUUUCGUCCUUACCGCUAGUGAUGACAUGACCAUUAAGCUCUGGGAUUGGGAGAAGGGGUGGAAGAAUGUUCGGGUGUUUGAGGGCAACUCGCACUACGUCAUGUCGCUCGCUAUCAACCCCAAGGACACCAACACAUUUGCCUCGGCCUGUUUGGACAGGACCGUAAAAAUUUGGAGCUUAGGGUCUUCCACACCCAACUUUCAGUUGGAAGCGCAUGAGACUAAGGGUGUCAACCAUGUGGAUUACUACCCUCACAGCGAUAAGCCUUAUUUGCUUACGACCUCAGACGACCGCACAGUAAAGGUGUGGGACUACACAACUAAAAGCCUAAUCGCCACACUAGAAGGCCACACCAACAACGUCUCCUUCGCGUGCUACCACCCCGAAUUGCCGAUCAUCAUUUCUGGCUCGGAAGAUGGCACCGUGAGGAUAUGGAACGCCAACACGUACCGCUUCGAGCAGUCCUUGAACUAUGGCUUGGAGCGGGCAUGGUGCGUGGCGUACCAGAAGGGCAAGCAGGGGGUUGCAGUGGGCUUUGACGAUGGGUCCGUAGUCAUCAAGCUGGGCCGGGAGGAACCUGCAGUGUCGAUGGACGGCUCCGGAAAGAUCAUCUGGGCCCGUCAUAACGAGGUUGUCUCAGCUGUGAUCAAGGGCGGCGAGUCGACCAAGGACAACGAGCCGAUCAACCUCAGCACCAAAGAGCUGGGCACCGCCGAGGUUUACCCCCAGGGCCUCAUUCACUCUCCGAACGGGCGGUUUGCGGCCAUUUGUGGCGAUGGGGAAUACAUCAUCUACACAGCCCUGGCCUGGCGCAACAAGGCUUUCGGCCAGGCUCUCGAUUUCGUAUGGGCAUCGAAGGACAACUCGAACGACUUUGCCAUCCGCGAGUCGGCGACUAGCAUCAAGGUGUUCAAGAACUUCCAGGAGAAGAAGGGCGGGCUCGACGUUCCCUUUGCGGCCGACGGGCUCACGGGCGGUGUACUGCUUGGUAUCAAAGGUCAAGGCGGCAUCUCCUUCUACGACUGGGCCACGGGGGGUCUUGUGCGACGCAUCGAGGUGGAGCCCAAGCAGGUCUACUGGAGCGAGAGCGGCGAGCUAGUGGCUCUCGCCUGCGAGGACACCACCUACGUCUUGAGGUUCUCGAGGGAUAACUACAACGAGGCGCUUCAGGCCGACCAAAUCGAGGACGACGGUGUCGAGGCCGCCUUCGAUGUGGUCACCGACAUCAGCGAGAGCAUCCGGUCCGCGGAAUGGCUUGGAGACGUGUUGAUUUACACCAACGGGACGAACCGGCUGAACUACUUGGUGGGCGACCAGACAUACACCGUGGCGCACUUCGACAAGCCCAUGUACAUCCUCGGCUACUUGCAGCGCGACAGCCGGGUGUAUCUCACCGACAAGGACCUAUCCGUCACGUCGUUUGCGCUCUCCCUCCCGGUCCUCGAGUACCAGACGUUGGUCCUCCGCGAGGAUAUGGACACGGCCGCAGAGCUGCUUCCCAGCAUCCCCCAGGACCAGCUCAACAAAAUCGCCCGGUUCCUCGAGGGCCAGGGCCACAAGGAACUCGCGCUCGAAGUCGCCACCGACACAGAGCACAAAUUUGACCUCGCCCUAUCGCUAAACCAGCUGGACGUUGCCCUAGAACUGGCACGCCAGGCCGACGCGGACCACAAGUGGAAGACAUUGGGCGACGCAGGCCUCGCUGCCUGGGACGUGCCGCUCGCGACCGAGUGCUUCGUCAAAUCCAAGGACCUCGGCUCGCUGCUGCUCGUCUACACGUCGACCAACGACCGCGCCGGGCUCGCCAAGCUCGCCGAGCAGGCCUCGCUGGCGGGCGCGCACAACGUCGCCUUCAGCUGCAAGUGGUCCCUGGGCGACGUCCAGGGCUGCAUCGACGUGCUCGUCGCCACCGGCCGCCUGGCCGAGGCCGUCCUGUUCUCCCAGACGUACCAGCCGAGCUUGACGGCUGGGCUGGUCGCGCAGUGGAAGGAAAGCCUGGAGAAGAACAAGAAGGGCCGUGUGGCCAAGGCGCUUGGUAUGCCUGGCGAGGAUGAUGAGCUGUUCCCGGAGUGGGAUGAGUGGCUCAAGCUUGAGAAAGGGGGUUCCACGGCUGCUCCUGCUGUUGCUAAGGCGGCUGCUGGUGAGGAAGCUGAGGAUGAGGAGGAGGAAGAAGAGUCGGAAGAGGACGAGGACGAUGAUGAGGAGGAGAGCAGCGAGGAGGAGGUCGAGUAG